AAUUGAUUAAAGAAGAUGAUUGAUGAAGAGAAAAGCCAAGAAGAUGGCCCCUCCAUUGAUGACCCUUUUCCAUUUCACAAGCUUCUUGGCUAUGGUGAUGCUUUGGAUUGGGUUUUAAUGGCUUUGGGGACUUUUGGUUCUAUAAUCCAUGGUAUGGCUCAACCAAUUGGGUAUCUCUUGCUUGGCAAAGCACUUGAUGCAUUUGGAAAUAAUAUUGAUGAUAUUGAUGCAAUGGUUGAUGCUCUCUAUAAGGUGAUUCCAUUUGUAUGGUAUAUGGCCAUUGCCACUUUCCCGGCAGGAAUGCUCGAAAUUGGGUGUUGGAUGUAUACAAGUGAAAGACAGACAGCUCGUCUAAGACUUGCAUUCUUGCAAUCAAUGCUUAGUCAAGAAAUUGGUGCUUUUGACACAAAUCUCACAACAUCCAAAAUAAUUACUGGAAUUAGUGGCCACAUGAGCAUUAUACAGGAUGCCAUUGGAGAAAAGUUGGGGCAUUUUUUAGCAAGUGUGGCAACUUUCAUUAGUGGAGUUGUUAUUGCUAUCAUAAGCUGUUGGGAAGUGUCAUUGCUCACUCUGUUGGUGGCUCCAUUGGUUAUUGGAAUUGGGGCUACUUAUACCAAGAGGAUGACUCUCAUUUCCUCUAUCAAAAUUGGUUACCAAUCUGAAGCUACUUCCUUGAUCCAACAGUCAAUAUCUCAAAUCAGAGCAGUGUAUGCAUUUGUGGGAGAGAGAAGCAGUAUAAAAGCAUUUGCAGAGCAAUGCGAGAAAUUGAUUGUGAUGAGCAAGCAAGAAGCAUUGGUGAAGGGAGUGGGCAUAGGAAUGUUUCAAACUGUGACUUUCGGUUGUUGGAGUCUCAUUGUAUGGAUUGGAGCCGUUGUUGUAACUGCAGGAAGGGCCAGCGGAGGGGACAUCAUAGCUGCCGUUAUGAGCAUUCUCUUUGGAGCAAUCUCACUGACUUACGCUGCACCAGACUUACAAAUAUUCAACCAGGCAAAGGCUGCAGGGAAGGAAGUUUUCCAAGUGAUUCAAAGGAAGCCCUCUGUAAACGAUGGUUCAAACGAGAAGACGUUGGAGCAUAUUGAAGGCAACAUCAAUAUUCAAAAUGUCCACUUUGCUUACCCGUCUCGUCCUCAUAAACUAAUCCUUCAAGGCUUCUCCUUGUCCAUUCCAGCAGGACAAACCGUUGCCUUAGUCGGUAGCAGCGGGUGUGGAAAGAGUACAGUCAUCUCUCUUGUCACUAGAUUCUAUGACCCACUUCAGGGGGACGUGUUCAUAGAUCAUCAGAACAUCAAGGAUCUGAAUCUGAAAUUCCUCAGGAAUAACAUUGGAAUAGUUUCACAGGAACCUGCACUUUUUGCUGGAACGAUUAAGGAUAAUAUCAAGAUGGGAAAUUUAGAUGCAAAUGAUCAACAAGUAGAAAAUGCAGCAGUAAUGGCAAACGCACACUCAUUUAUAUCUGACCUUCCAAACCAGUACUCAACAGAGGUUGGACAAGGGGGAACUCAAUUGUCAGGAGGUCAAAAGCAGAGAAUAGCAAUAGCAAGAGCCAUUCUCAAGAAUCCACGCAUUCUCUUACUGGAUGAAGCCACAAGUGCUCUAGAUUCAGAAUCUGAGAGGCUGGUUCAGGACGCUCUUGAAAAGGCUAUAGUUGGGAGGACAGUCAUUAUGAUUGCCCACAGAAUGUCGACUAUUAUUGGUGCAGAUAUGAUUGCCAUCAUAGAAAAUGGAAGAGUUUUAGAAAAAGGAACACACCAAAGCUUGCUAGAAACAAGUAUAUUCUAUAGCAACUUAUUCAGCAUGCAUAAUAUCAAACCAAUUCAAGAUUCAAGGUUUGUUCUUCAUACUCAAUAAACCACAUUUUCUUCAAAAGAAAACAUGACUAACUGGUAUGAAUUUGCCCAUCAACAAGCUUCAUCUUGCGACCUUGAUCAAGACGAAAAUCUUGAGCCCAAAAACUCCAAAAUAGAUUCUCUGAGAGAAGAGAAAGAGGGAUCAAAAGAAAUAUUCUUCAGAAUUUGGUUUGGUUUGAGUAAUAUAGAGAUAAUGAAGACUAUUUUUGGAUCUUUUGCAGCAGCUUUGUCUGGCAUCUCGAAGCCUAUAUUUGGAUUCUUUAUCAUAACAAUAGGGGUAGCCUACUAUCACACAAAUGCAAAGCACAAAGUUGGAUUAUACUCCCUCAUCUUCUCUAUGGUGGGAUUACUAUCACUUUUCACACACACUAUGCAACACUAUUUCUUCGGAAUCGUGGGAGAAAAAUCAAUGAAAAACCUCAGAGAAGCUCUCUAUUCAGUUGUACUACGCAAUGAAGUAGCAUGGUUUGACAGAUCUGAAAACAAUGUCGGUUCACUUACAUCACAAAUAAUGAACACCACCACCAUGAUAAAAACCAUAAUAGCUGAUCGAAUGUCUGUCAUUGUGCAAUGCAUCUCCUCCAUUCUAAUUGCCACCACUGUCAGCUUGAUUGUCAAUUGGAGAAUGGCUCUCGUUGCUUGGGCUGUCAUGCCUUUCCACUUCAUUGGUGGCCUAAUACAAGCCAAGUCUGCCAAAGGAUUUUCAAGAGAUUCUGCUGCUGCUCAUCACGAACUAGUUUCACUAGUCUCCGAGUCAGCAACCAACAUAAGAACUAUUGCAUCUUUUUGCCAAGAAGAACAAAUAAUGAAGAGAGCGAGAAUGUCAUUAGAAGAACCAAAGAGAAAAAGCAAGAGAGAAAGCAUCAAGUAUGGAAUCAUUAAUGGCAUCUCUCUUUGCUUGUGGAACAUUGCCCAUGCCAUUGCUUUGUGGUACACGGCAAUUCUGGUUCACAAAAGGCAAGCAUCAUUCGAAGAUGGCAUAAGAUCAUACCAGAUUUUCUCCCUCACAGUACCCUCAAUCACUGAACUGUGGACAUUAAUUCCAACUGUGAUCUCAGCCAUUGGCGUACUAACUCCAGCAUUCCACACACUUGACCGGAAAACUCUUAUUGAACCAGAAAUACCAAAAAGUCAAAAAAUAGAGAAAAUUAAAGGGAGAAUUGAAUUUCAAAGGGUAAAAUUUAACUAUCCAUCAAGGCCCGAAGUCAUUGUUCUUACCAACUUUAGCUUACAAAUUAAAGCAGGAUCAAGGGUGGCUCUUAUUGGACCAAGUGGUGCAGGAAAGUCCUCCGUUUUGGCACUUCUGCUCAGAUUCUAUGAUCCUGAAGAAGGCAGUAUCCUUAUUGAUGGGAAGGAUAUAAAAGAAUACAAUCUAAGAAUAUUGAGGACACAUAUAGGGUUUGUGCAACAAGAGCCUGUUCUAUUUAGCUCCUCGAUCAGAUAUAAUAUUUGCUAUGGGAUUGAGCAAGUCUCUGAAACUGAACUUUUAAAGGUGUCAAGAGAAGCUAAAGUACAUGAAUUUGUCAGUACUUUGCCUGAUGGAUAUGAUACACUUGUUGGAGAAAAAGGUAGCCAGCUGUCAGGAGGACAAAAGCAAAGAAUAGCCAUUGCUAGAACUCUUUUGAAAAAGCCAGCAAUUUUGCUUCUAGAUGAACCAACAAGUGCUUUAGAUGUUGAGUCCGAAAGAACAUUAGUUAGUGCUUUAGAGUCAAUAAAUGGGAACAAUGGCUUUAGAACUACCCAAAUUACAGUUGCCCAUCGACUUUCUACAGUGACAAACUCAGAUGUUAUUGUAGUCAUGGAUAGAGGUGAAAUUGUGGAGAUAGGUUCACAUAGCACACUAUUGACAGCUCCUGAUGGAGUGUACUCAAAACUCUUCAGGAUACAGAGUCUUGCUGAUGUUUAAUGUUCUAAAUCAUUACAGGUAGGAUAUA